AAACAGAUAAGAAAAUUUCUUGAUCAAAUGAAAAAGAUCGACGCUGAACUGCGCAGCAUCAGCGAAAAUAUUCGCUACCCACGAAAAGUUUUUCUCAUGGAGUUUACCUGUACUAACGUUCUCUUUGUGAUUUAUUACAUCUACGAUGCUUAUAUUUGGAUUGAUUCUGUAACUAUCUACACUUACAAGUGGUUCGUCCUGAGAGAUAUGCAAUGUUUCCAUGUGAUUAUAUUAUCUCUCGUGGUAAGAAACUAUUCUUUGGCGAUUAGAAACCGUGUAAGAAUAUUAAACGAGCUUUUGAUAAAAAUGAGGCCGCCGCAUGAAGAUCAGGCAACCAACAAUGCUCAUACUAUGAAUCCCGGUAUAAUUCACGUUAUGAAUUCGAUGAAUACGAGUGAUACACAUAAAAAGAGUAAUCAUCAAGAUAGAGUUAAGAAAGAGCAUUGGCAGGUGCAGAGAAUGAGACGAAUCUAUGCAAGAAUAUGUGUCGCCAUGGGCAUUUACAAUGAUAUCUUCGGCUGGAUCUAUUUGGUGUUGUAUGUUGUCAUUGUUGCAUACCUAUUGACUUCUUGUAAUGUUGCAUUGGUGUAUGGUAUCGGCAAUAAGAAGAUUGGUAAAGCUGAUUUUGGUUUUGCAUUGUUGAUUUUGUGUGUGUUAUGGUCAGCGUUACCACUGAUCGUUGGCUUCUUCGUGUUUUCAUCUGCCGAUAAAGUCUUCUUUGAAAUUAAGCGGACGCCGAUUAUUUGUUAUUCUAUUAUAGAUGGAUGGUUGCCUUUUGAUGAAGAUCAUGUUCUUGUUCCUGAAUUAGAGAAAUUUGCACAACAAGUUACUAAUUCACAUCCGGAAAUCACAGCUGCAGGUUUCUUCGCAGUGGACUACGCCAUAUUUUUCGCACUAAUUGGAUCUUUGAGUUCUUAUUUGAUUGUUUUGAUUCAAUUUAUGUAGAUGAACACGAUUUCACAAAUUCUAAAAACAAAAUUAGCGGACACAAUAGUGGAUCAGCAAAUAUAAUUAAUAACUAGAUCAAAAAUAAAGUAAUCAAGUUUAAAGUGAUAGAA